AGCUGAUCACUCUUACUUAGUUAACGUGCUUUAGAGCUUUACUUUUCAGAGUGCGUGUAUUAUCCUUACUGAACUGCUGACUCCUAGACGACCGUUCCUUAUGGCGGAGGAAUUGGCCCGGUCGUCGGGCACCCCAGAUGAUAUUGUAAAGCUUGUCUUAGGGCAAGAGUUCUUGAUGAAAUGCCUACGGAAAGCAAAAUUUACAGCGGACUUGCUUCAGGACACUGCAGAUGCCUGCGAGAUUAAUGACUUGAACGCCUUGGUCCUGGGGUCCGGCCUGCUGAGCGUAGUUGAGGCAUCUGAAAAACUGUUCCUUAUGCAAGAUGAGGCCAGCACGGUGGUGAAGGUGUGCCGCAAGGAGUGCUUGCGUGCCGGGGUCAACUUCGGCGAUGGCGCGCAGCUUACGCCCGAGGAACUCGCAGAAGAAGACCAAGAUGAGCCUGUGGCACCUCCACCCGCGCCCGCUCCUCCCCCGCCCCCGCCCCCGCCGGCUCCUACUCCACCGGCACCGGCACCAGCCCCAACUCCGCCGGCGUCGUCGCGCGUGCCUUCUCAACGGGCGUCUGGCGCCCACGAGGUGACGCCACAAAAGCAGAACAGCAAGAUAGGGCAAGGGAGUGCUGCAGCAUCAGCGGCAAAUGGAACAGCGCCCACCCCUUCCUCUUCCUCCGCUGUCCCAGCAGCCGUAACCCCUCAAGCUUCCGCGCCUGCGUCUCAGAGAGCGCCGGCUCAGGCGGCGGCCACCAGCAGCGGGGCGGAGCAUCAGCCUGACCCUAACUUCCUCGUAAAGCCACCGGCGCACGCGUCUACAUCUGGAGGUGGAGCGAAUGGAGCGCCAAGCACUCCAGUGGCAGUAACGCCAUCUGGAAGUCGUAGCCACAUCCCAAAGCCCAUGAGCGCUACGCCGGUCACUCCGGUGGCAGCUACGCCCCGGGACCGGCCUGUGGCAAAGCCAGCAACCCGCGCCUCGCCAGUCACUGCUACCCCUCAGAUCCCAUCCGUGUCGUCUGAGUUUGGGUUUAAGACAGCGGGCACCCCGUCCGCGAACGGCAAGCACACGCCAACAGCCAGCACCAGCACCCCGAGCGCGAGGCCGCCGCGCCCCUCGUCAGCGCCUCUGACGGCCCGCGCGUCCACCACAGCACCUUUGAGCAGGGACAGACCCACUUCAGCAGUACCGACGCCGCCCAGUGCCAACGCGCGUCUGCCGUCUUACGCCAAGCCGACGGCUUCUCAUAAGGCCCGCCUGCUGAAGGAGGAUAGCGAUAUCCCCUCCUCAUCUACUACGCACCCGCUCACGUUUGCCAGCACCAACAAGCCGCUGCGGCGUCAAGUGUACAUGUCGCCGCGCGUGAUGAGCACGACGCCGGAGGAGAAGAAGGAGCCCAAGAAGCCCAUUUUCGACAACAUCCGCAGCAGCUUACUGAAGCCAACGGCGGCUUUCCUGGCGUGGACAGCUGGCAAAACCAAGGGCUCAAAGGAGGGGGACCUAAAAGCCAGUCAGACCCUAACGGCAGACGUGGGGGGGACAAGCCGCCCACCCAAGGCACCUAACUCGGCCCCGCCCAAGACCCUGCUGCGCGGCGAGACGUGCACCACUCCUCUGGCAGCUUCCUCCUCGAGCGGGCUGUCGGGGGGCGGUGCGAAGCCGACUACCACCCCGGAGCCCUUCCGAUUGGCAUCCACGGAACGGCACCAGAAGGCGCAGGAGGAGCUUGCGCGAAAGAAGGAGGAGAAGGCGCGACUGGAGUCCCACAUUCCCAAGUUCAAGGCGUCUCCCUUGCCUAGCACCUCUGCGUCCCCACGGCGGACCGGGUCGCCAUAAAGGGGGUGCGACAUGCUGCCAGCGGCCUACUGCGGAGGGGACGCCACUGAGCAGUAGUGUUGGGCCUACCAUCAUCUUAUGCAUGUGGAUCUGCUGCACCUUGUUAUGUGGGGGUUGCCAAUGCGUGCGUGUGCGUUCAGGAUGUGGAACAGCGAGGGUAAGAUACCUAGUUUGCAGUUGGAGGCUAGCCCAUAGGCUUUGCAUUUCGGUUCGUUGGAGGCAUGUAUGAGAAGGAGCUACGUGUGAACCUUCCUUUGACACGUCGCCCAGAGCGGCCCACAGGAGGAGAGCUCUCAGGGUGCCAGGUCUGGUGGUAGAGGGCAGGCGCAUAUUUAUUUUGACUGUGUUCACUGGCGACGAUUUCGGACGUUCCUUCGCGUGCUGUGAAGCGUACGUUGCGUCUGAUGGUCUGAAAGUGUGUAAGCUUCGCGGAACCUUCACUGUUCGCUGACCGUGCGUGCUGUCAGUCCUAGGGUAUCUAAGGGUUAUCUCUGGUCUUACUGGGAGAGUGAAACCCCGGGGUGGUUCAACCCCAAUAUUAUUUACGGUCGUCGCGCAGUGAUAUUGCUUUUAGGUGGCGUCUUGAACUGGUUUCGGUCCUCCCCGGCAGUUUGGCAGUGACCUUGUCGGGUAAGAGGGUUGGGUGAGCAUAUGCUACAUGGCAGUCUAUGGGUUGGGACGAACGCGCUCUGAAGAACGUCCAUGCGAUGUGUACAGACAUGACUAGAUUUGCCUGGCCUACUUGCCUAGUGUACGGGUACUGCAGCUUGCGGGUACGGUGUUCAAGCUGAAGCCCGUCUAUGAGGCAGGUAUCUAUCUGUAGAUUAUUCCUGUAUAUCUCAUUUGGUGCGAGCUCUGAAAGUGUCUUACCGAACGUAAAGCGCUGCGUGCGCUAAUGGCGACCUUCACCGCUAGUAAGCGGUUGUGUUUCCAGCAAGUCCACACAACCAAUACGACUGUGUUAUCUGCUCGUGUCCCAGUUCCAGCCUCAAAUCGCUGUGUUCGCCGACAGCCCCAUUUGCGAGUAGAAGCAUUGGCAAGCAUGGAGGCACCAACGACGCUGAAAACGUAUGAUUACAGUAAAUUAAGUCCAGCGGAGCUUAAGCAGGUUCUCGCACGGCCUCGUGUGGACUUUACGUCCAUCCUUAACAGGGUGGCUCCAAUUGUGGAGGCUGUUCGAACCAAGGGUGAUGACGCUGUUCGCGAGUACACUGCUACUUUCGAUCGCGUUCAACUGGAUGCGGUUUGCGUCCGCAUUGAAGACCUGCCCGACCCCGUGCUGCCGGCGGAGGUCACGGCGGCCUUCGACGUGGCGUACGAAAACAUUCGGGCCUUCCACACAGCGCAGCGGUCAGAGCCGCUAGAGGUGGAGACCAUGCCAGGAGUGCGCUGCAGACGCGUGACUCGGCCCAUCAACUCCGUGGGUGUGUAUGUCCCCGGCGGGACCGCCGUACUGCCCAGCUCCGCGCUCAUGCUGUCGGUGCCGGCAGCCAUAGCGGGCUGCUCCACCAUUGUGCUGGCCACGCCGCCGCGACCCGACGGCAGCGUCACGCCCGAGGUGCUGUACUGCGCCAAGAAGGCGGGAGUGACGCACAUCCUGAAGGCCGGAGGAGCGCAGGCCGUGGCCGCGAUGGCCUGGGGUACCGCCUCCUGCCCCAAGGUGGACAAGAUCCUGGGGCCGGGCAACCAGUACGUCACGGCGGCCAAGAUGCUGCUGCAGAACUCCGAGGCCAUGGUGUCCAUCGACAUGCCCGCCGGCCCCUCCGAGGUGCUGGUGGUGGCGGACGCGGCCGCCUCCCCCGCCCACGUGGCCGCCGACCUGCUGUCUCAGGCGGAGCACGGCCCCGACAGCCAGGUGGUGCUGGUGGCGCUGCCGGGGGUAGACCUGGCCGCGGUGGCGGAGCAGGUGGAGGCGCAGUGUGCCGCCCUGCCUCGGAGCGACACGGCGAGGAAGGCGCUGGGGCACUCGUACGUGGUCACGGUGGACUCACGGGAGGAGGCGAUCCGCUUCUCCAACGCCUACGCGCCGGAGCACCUGAUCGUGAACGUGGAGGACGCGGAGGAGUGGCUGCCGGGGCUGGACAACGCGGGUUCCAUCUUCCUCGGCCGCUGGACGCCGGAGUCCGUGGGCGACUAUGCCUCCGGAACCAACCACGUGCUGCCCACGUACGGCUACGCGCGCAUGUACAGCGGAGUGGCUCUGGACUCCUUCCAGAAGAAGAUGACGGUGCAGAACCUGUCCUAUGAGGGACUCCAAAACCUGGGCCCCAGUGUGGCCAAGAUGGCCGAGAUAGAGGGCCUGGACGCACACCGGCGUGCGGUGACGCUGCGGUUGGGCUUGGACUGAGGGGGCCGAGUGCGGGGCGAUUGGGGGCAUGCGGGGAAAUUGGGGCCAUGGGAGGCGAUUGGGGAGCCAUGCUACUUCUUGUGUGUCGGAGAUACCGUAGAGCUAGGAGCGAGAGGGAACCAGGCAAGCUGCCAUAUGUGCCGACGAGGUGUUGGGGGUUAGUGCAAUGUACGGGUAGAGGCGUAAGUCGUAAGAGGGGUUGUUUGUUUGCUAUCGACUGAGCGAGCGUGGAUAGUGUGAAAUGCAGGGUCCCCAUGGCUAGGGGGGCAUCGAGAGUGCGGGGGUUAAAGGGGGCUGGUGGCAGGAAAAGCAGCCGUGAACAAGGAGGGUUUGGUGAGGGGGCCACAGGAUGCCAAGGGUAUGGUGGAAAGCUGAAUAUGCAUAGGGCAGACCAAAGUGCUGUUGGGCCCGCCCUGGCGCUGUAACGAGUGUGGCCGC